GUCGCCGCCAUGCUUUCCCCGGCGGCGCUCCGUCGGCCCCUUGGCGCCGCUGCCCGCCUCGCCCGAGGCAGUCUUCAGGUACUCGCAUCUCUUGCUACAGGGCCCAGGCAGAAUAAUGGCAUUUUCUAUGAAAUUCGCACAUAUGAUAUUAAGCCAUCAAAGAUGAAGGAGUUUGUGGAAUUGGUCCAUAAGUGCCUGCACCUCCGCACAGCUCACUCAGAGCUAGUGGGAUUCUGGACGGUGGAGCUGGGAGCAAUGAAUAAGGCUGUGCACGUCUGGAAGUAUGAUAAUUUUGCCCACAGAACAGCAGUCCGGCAUGCACUUGCCAAUGACAAGGAGUGGCAGGGAAAAUUCAUCUCUCCAGUUCUUCCCCUUAUAGAAAAGCAGCACAAUGAAGUUGCUUAUCUGGUACCCUGGUGUCAGCUUGGGAAACCUCCAAAGGAAGGGGGUGUGUAUGAAUGGGUUACUUUUCAAAUGAAGCCUGGUGGGCCAGCUCUGUGGGGUGAGGCAUUUCAAGCUGCAAUCAAUGCUCACAUCAACACAGGCUACACCAAGCUAAUUGGUGUUUUCCACACAGAGUACGGGUUACUUAACACAGUCCAUGUGAUCUGGUGGAACGAGAGCCCAGAUCACCGCGCAGCAGGAAGGCACAGGGCGCAUGAAGAUGCCAGAGUGGUAGCAGCUGUACGGGACAGUGUCAGAUUCUUGGAAUCCCAACAAAAUAUGCUCCUGAUUCCUCUGGCAUGCUCGCCACUGAAGUAGCCUACUGAAUGAUGGUGGGAAAGCUGAGAUGGACGCACCGUUGGCAAGUACCAUUGCAUGGAUCAUCGCAGUCAUACCCUCACAAACUGUAUGGAUUUUCUUCAGAGUGGAUGCAAAAUGCUCAUCACCGGCACAGUGAAAUUCUGCCCCCCUAUAGUUUUGGUGAUGUUCUGACAUCUCCAGAAGUAGAACUCAGGUCAUAACACUUCCAACACGAAACUUAACUUCACAGAUCUUUAAUUUAGCCCCUUCACUUUUUAAUAUUUUUCUGCAAAGCUGGUAGGGCCCAGUGAGUGAAAUGCUCUUUUUCCAAGGUUACAGCUCAGGGCUGGUGACUUUUGUAAUCAUCACAUCAUGGGUAUUACAUACUGCCUUAAGGAGGAGUGCCCCCAUACAUCCUCAUAACACAAUUACAUUUUAAUCAGACUUCUCGUUGGGAUGCUUUAUAUUAAUUCUUAGUAAUGUAAAACUUCCUUGUGGUUGGAAUUGUCAAGCAGGUGCUGCAGUGUACCUGGAUAGGUGGUCUGAUUGGGUCUGCCCUAACCUCAGCCCUUUAAUUUUAUAUCCUGUAAACACUUGUUUAGAAACUGUAGUCUUGAUUAAGUAUUGUAAUACUUCUUCAGGGUGCUGAAAUUAUCUGUCUAUCUCAAAUUCACCUCAUCUAUGCAUCUUUAUCUUCUUUGAAAUACUGUCUGCCGGGCUGUUAAAAACCAAAUAAAUUUGUAUACAGCGUGAA